CGCCUCCCCGCUAUAUAAGCUUCAGCUUCCGCCCUCGUCAUUCGUCUCCUUCGAGAUUUCUCCCGUUCCCUACGCUUUUAGGGUUUCCUCUGCCUCCCCCUUUCCAUCCUCGACGCUUUUUCUCGAUCGCCGCGAUCCUCUGCCGCACGUCUCGUCUUCUUGGAACGAUCUAUCAGACCCGUACGGACGCCGGCGGAGUUCGGCGUCGCUCCCACCUGCGGCGAUCCCAGAUCCCGAGAUUUGGAUCACUAGAAAUUUCUGUUGCUGGCCGGGUUGUUCUUGAUCGUCUCUGCUCGUAUUGGGUUUGGUUUUGGCUGCGUUCCCUUUGGUGGUGCAAUGACGCCUGAGCAGAAGAUUGUGAAGCCAGAGAGGGAAGGACAAGAUCCCCUUGACAGUAUCAUCAAAGAAGCAAUAGGAAAAGAGCCAUUACUUUCAUUCUCUAGAGCCGGUGAUAGCCCUGUUCAAUGGAUACAGUUGCUCCAUGCACUAGACCAGCAAGGAAACAGCAAAGUUUCUAAAGGUUCAUGGGUGGACAAUGGUGUUGGAGGGAAGGAGCACUCUCUAGAACUCUGCAAUGGUUUGAGUUCUGAAAUGAAUGGGGUUAAGGAAUUCAUUCAUCCUCUGAAAGAUGGUGGAGCCCCUGCAAAAGGGAAAAAGAGCACAUCUGAACAAAUGCAAACUCUCAAAAUUCCUGAAGCUGUUGUUGCCUUUGCUCAGGCUGCUGCAAAGGCGAAUGGUGAGCCUGAAAAAUAUCUUCCGGGAUGGCCCUUGUUGUCACCAUCUAAGGUGCAAUUGCUUAAAUGCGACAAGUGCUCUCGAGAAUUCUGUUCUCCAAUAAACUAUCGACGGCAUGUACGUGUGCACCGUCGGUCUUUGAACAUCGAUAAGGACUCUUCUUCUAAGAAUCGGGAAUUCUUGGCUGCAUACUGGGAUAAGUUAUGCCUGGAGGAGGCAAAAGAAAUCACAUCAUUCACGGAUAUGGCUAUAGAGGAAGUUGCUGGUUGUUCUAUCAUAAAAGCAUUGUCAUCUUGGAUUCGAAAGCCAGGAUUUGCUUCUCUACCACAAAUCUAUGUCAAGGCUGGUUUCACUCUUUUGGAUAUUGUUCAAGCUAAGCCUUCCAGGUUUCCUAUGUCAUCAAGGGAAUUAUUCAACAUUCUUGAUGAUGCAAGUGAAAAGACCUUUUUGUGUGCUGGCACCGCCGUGUCGCUGCAAAAGUUUGUCUUUGAUGGAGAAGCUGGGAAGAUUGCUAUGGAGAUGAAAAAUCUAGUUGCGUGCGUUAGUUUUCUGCUUGAACAGAAACUGGUUAAGGCAUGGCUUGCUGACAAGGAUGCUGAAGCUUUGAGAUGCCAGAAGUUGCUUGUGGAGGAAGAGGAAGCUGCUCAGAAAAGACAAGCUGAGCUCCUGGAAAGAAAAAGGAUGAAGAAACUUAGGCAGAAAGAACAAAAGGCAAAAGACUUUACUGAUGUAAACAAUAAGGUUUCUUUUCCUGGUACUGUUGAGUGUCCAUCUGGUUCCACUGGAACACCAAGUCCAAGGGCUCCAUCGGAGUCUGAGUUGUACACUCAAGAAGCAUCACUUCAUGAAGACCCAUGUUCUUUGGAGCCCACUGGAUCACCUGAUCCUGAUGCGGAAGCAAACUUCAGAUUGAACAUGCAUGCUGAGGAUCCUGAUCAAAAUAUGGAUCACCAAAAGCAAAUGGAAAAUAGCAUGAGGCAGCCAACCACAGUCCAGCGUCUACUAUCUAAACCGGCAAGAACUUUUCGGAAUGGUUUCAACUCAGGUCAGGUUCCAUCUUCAAAGUGUUCCAUUUCAAUGAAACAUGGCAACUACAAGGAUCCAAAGGCUGUUGCAUCAGCCAAUUGGCAUAAAGUUUGGACACGGAAAUCCAAGCCUGAUAAUGAAGAAGGUUCCUCUGACAGAAUAGACAGAAAACAUAGAGAUCAGCCAGUUAUAAUUGAUAAUUCUGAAGUUUUAAUAGGUUCUAUCAGUGUCAUACUUGGACAAAGAAAUGAUCAUUGCCAGGACUCGAGCUCUGUGAGAUCUAGUCAUUAUCAGGAGAAGUUGGCUAAGGCUGAUUCCAUUAUGACUGAUAUCAACCACUCGGGAGCAAAAUUGUGGAAACCAGUGGCUCACGAAGAAAAUUGUGAUUGUGCCACAACAAGAAGUGGCAAGAGAGAGAACGAAAUGGAUGGACACACCGCUGAAACUGCUAGCCAGAUUUCACCUGAUAAGAACUGUCCUGCUUCUGGUGGAAUGGAUGACAGUGGUUCUGAGAGGUGCAAGGAUAUGUUGGUGGUGCACAGAAGCGCAAUUUUGUCAGGACCCAUGUUAUUCUCAAGCAAAGAUGCAGAGGCUUUUCUUGCUCAGAGAUGGAAGGAGGCCACAGCAUCUGAUCAUGUUCAGCUAGUUUUACCUCCAGAAACUGAAGCAUCUUAUGGCUUCAACAACCCUGAGCAUAAUUGCGCUGGGUUACCAAUGAGGUCUUCUGAUUCCUUUGGACGGAGCAUACUUGGUAGUGCAGAGAAAAAGAUGGCUGGGGUGGGCUCAACCGAGCUGCAAUCUGGUGCUUCCAAGCCCAAAUUCAGAUUAAAGCCUGAAAAAAUUUGCAAGCUAAAGUAUGUUCCCAAGCAGAGAAAUAACGCUUUAGGAGAGUAGAUUCCACUCAUUCUCGAGUUUCCAGCAGAGGUUCCAGUUUUAGCAGAGGUCUUCUGUGAUUACAAAAUCGCUCCUUUUUUCUAGAAUUUGUUUGAUUUCUGUUCUCUACUCUCAGACCUCACAAUCAGCCUUGAUUAUUGCUUACGUUUUUAUCUGUAAUAAUUUGCGUUCUGGUGUUUUUAUUCUUGUUCUUUAUGCAUUUUCCCCUCGUCUCUUAUUUUA